CAGACUGACUUUCCCUGCGCAGAUUUUGAGGCAUGAAAUUCAAGCUGAAAAUAAGACCACAAGAUGUGUGACAGUGUAUUGAAAGAUGAGAAGCAGGAUGCACAUUUCAAACCAAAUCUGUCAGUGUUUGUGUUGAGUUAUUUCUGUUAUAUGAGUCAAAAUGGUCUCUGUGUGUGUGUGUGUGUGUGUGUGUGUGUGUGUGUGUGUGUGUGUGUGUGUGUGUGUGUGUGUGUGUGUGUGUGUGUGUGUGUGUGUGUGUGUGUGUGUGUUAAUGCAUGUUUGAGGGCAUGCGAGUCAGAGUGGGCUGGGUUAUCAGAGCAGAGAGACAGAAGGCAGUUUGCAGUGGACAGGAGAGAAAUUCACAUUCUUCAUCUCAACUUUGCCUGUCGCAGUCCUCCUCACAUUGCUGCGUGUCACUGGCACACACUCUUUCUUUCUUUCUUUCUUUCUUUCUUUCUUUCUUUCUUUCUUUCUUUCUUUCUUUCUUUCUCUGCUUUUCCUCUGAUUUUGCUUGUUUGCCAUUCUUCUUGUUCAAACACCUCAUUUUAGUUUCUCUUAGUAUCUUCUAGGUUGCUUUUCUCAUAUUAUCUGUCCAUCUUUCCCAUUUUUGACUGUAUCCAUUCAUUCAAUAUCUGGCUUCAUUUACAUAUUUUAUUUGCAUAACCUUAUGCAAUUUGGUGGUACCAGAUGGAGCCAAAGCAUCAUGGAUCUCGACCUCUAAGACCCACAAGCCCAGCCAUGCCUUUCGUAGGUUGUCCCCACACAAAUGGAUGUGGAGGCCCAGGUCGGAUGUUGCUACGUGAGAUGCUUUGGCAGCUGGAACGAAGAGUACUUCAGGUUCAAGAGGAGGAGUUUCAGUACUGCAUCUCCCGUGGCAUUCUGGGAUACCGUCACCCCCCAGCAUACCCAAGCCUGCUCGCCCUUAUACCUGCUUCUGAACACCGCCAGCUAGAGCGCCUCUGUGGUCGCAUCCCACCCUCACACACUGCCAUUGUACUUUCCAGGCUUCAUGAUCUCUUGGCCCAUAAUGACAUUCCUCCCUGGGAACUGGUGGGUGUCUUCAAGCAAGUUCUUAGAGACUUCCUGAGGAGACAGGAAGACGGCAUACAGAGACGUCCAGCCCCUUCAGCUCCAUCGACGAUUCUUUCUGCUCCGAGUCCACCUACAGAGAGUAAUGACAGAAAUCGCAUUGUUGGAAAUGCAUCUAAUUCUUUAUCAGAGGAGUCAGGAAAGCACAGGGAGGAAAUUCCUACAAUUUCUAGUUAUGUGGAUAAACAUUUGCGUGCCGCCUGCCCCUACUCUAUCCAUAGAGAUUGGAGUCUGCCCUUUUGCCAUCCUUUCGCUUAUGAGGCCUACGGCACCACAUUGUGAGACACUUAAUUGUAGAAUUAACAAUUUUAUGUUUUGUCAAAUUGGUGGCUAAUCCUUAAGAAUUUGUACAAUCUGAUUUGUAUGUUUUUGUAUGAUCUGCUUG